GGUGUUUGUUCCAGAGUUCAUGUCGUCUCUCUCGGUGUCUGUGAGUGGCUGUACCUGGGGGGAGGGGCUUGUGAACGGAGACUGUUCAUUGGCCCUCACACUGGGCUCCUCUUCCCCCCAGGGGGGGCUUGUGAGGGUGAACUGUUCUCUUAUUGGCUGCUCGGCCGUUCUCCUCGCUCCCCCGUGGAAUACUUGGAUACGCGUCGCCGUGGAUAGUUACCAUAGCAACCGAACCACAGCCUUCAGCAUCUCAGCCAACUACACAGUGGGUUGUAAGCCUCAGAGCGUGGGUCUGUCUGGAGACGAUUAUAUUAACAGGCUCCGUGGCAACAGCAGCACGACAACAUCACCGGGCAACAGUUCUGUGGUUGUGGAGGCAGGUCUCCAUAACAACGUGUCGUUGGAGUGUGUGCGGAGUGUUCCGGUGCUCCGUGAGGAACUAGACGUUCUGUCUGUCCGGUUCUCUCCCGUUAAUGGACCCAGCGUAACGGUGACACACACCUACCCCACGCUCCUCACCUACCCCCUAAACACACCGUCUACAGGAGGGACCCUCAACCUGGAGAUUACACUCAACGCUACUAAUGUAACAUCAGGAAACAGCAGUGUGUUGGCCUGUCUCUCUUCCUGGGUUCCUGUCCUCACACUCAACCACUCACAGCUCUGCCACACAGCGUUGUACUCAGCGUAUGGGUUGAGUGUGAACGUCAGUGUUCCCCGGACCGUCAUCAGACUUCCCUUCCCUCAGGCUGCGACCUGGUACCUCACCUUACAAGUCUUCUGCAACAGUAGUGACUGUGGUAAUAUAACAGUAACACCACAGCUCCACGUAUCAGCCUGUAUCGAGGACUGUGGGACCUAUGGAGAGUGUCGACUGCUGCGGUCAUACAGCUAUCUCUACGCUGCCUGUGUCUGCAAAGCUGGUUGGAGUGGGUGGGGCUGUACUGAUGACAUCACAGCCCAGUCGUACGGUCGUCAGCUGACAGCAGUUCUACUGCUCACGCUCAGUAACCUCCUCUUCAUCCCCCCCAUCAUCAUCGCUGUCCGACGCUGUUACAUCACUGAGGCCUCAGUCUACCUCUUUACCAUGUUCUUCUCUACUUUCUACCAUGCAUGUGACCAGCCUGGUUUAACAGCGAUGUGUAUCAUGGACUAUGACACUCUCCAGUACUGUGACUUCCUGGGUUCAGUGUGUUCUAUCUGGGUCACUGUUCUCUGCAUGGCCCGCGUCAGAGACACAGUCAAACACAUGUUGUUUAUGCUAGGUACUCUGCUGAUAGCAAUGUCCAUGCAGCUGGACCGGAGAGGACUGUGGAACAUGCUGGGACCCAUCCUCUGUGCUGUACUGGCCAUGGUGACCUCCUGGGUGUAUCGGGGGCUGAAGAGGAGCCAGUGGUAGCCUUCCUCCUGCCAGGGUUAAUGUUGGGUGUAAUGUCUGUAUAAUGUGUGUGUGUCCAGGUGUAUCGGGGGCUGAAGAGGAGCCAGUGGUAGCCUUCCUCCUGCCAGGGUUAAUGUUGGGUGUAAUGUCUGUAUAAUGUGUGUGUGUCCAGGUGUAUCAGGCUGAAGAGGAGCCAGUGGUAGUCUUCCUCCUGCCAGGGUUAAUGUUGUGUGUAAUGUCUGUAUAAUGUGUGUGUGUCCAGGUGUAUCGGGGGCUGAAGAGGAGCCAGUGGUAGCCUUCCUCCUGCCAGGGUUAAUGUUGGGUGUAAUGUCUGUAUAAUGU